GCAGUCGCUGCAGCCGCCGCGGGAGGCGUCCGUGUAAGUGGGUAGCAGGGCUGGCGGGGACCUUCCUCGCGGGCCGGAGCGCGGAGCGCUGCUCCAGCCCUACGGCACUCGGGGUCGGGACCCCGGGGAGCCGCCCUCACACAUUUUCCAGGAAGGAUCGGAGGGGCGAUGGGGUGGUAAUCGGGGUGGGGGACACGCUGUACCCCACCGACGACCGCGCGGGCCACCUUCGACUCUUUCCUUUACACUCCCACUAACCGCAGUGCUGGGGGAACAAAAUGUCCUCCUUCUGGAGCGAUUACCUUUUCCCUUUUGUGCUUUGGGGGAAACUGAGGACCCAGAGGGGUUCGCAAAGCAAGGUGGGCCAGUAGGAAGACCCCUCCGCUAGUCCAGAGAGAGCACACAGCUCCCCAGGCAGAGCUCAUUGCCCCACCUGCUGUAGUGGCCCAGCAUGAUCCCAUGACCUCUCUACUUCUGGAGGAAGAGUCGUGGGGUAGACGGCGGGGAGGGGUAGGGUAUCCCGUUCCGGUAGGGGCAGGGAUGAGGGAGGCGGGGCUGAGCCGAGCAUCUAUCUGGAUGGUAACAGCCAACGUAGAAAAUACUAAGUUGUUUACAUGCAUUCUCUCAUUUCAUAUUACCCGUCGUGAAGUCUGUGAAGUAGGUACUAUUGUCCCAAUUUUUACAUAGGAGGAAACGGCUCAGAGAGAACUUAGGUCCUUUGACCGAGGUCCUGCAGUUGGACAAGAUGAAGCUCAUCAUCCUGGAGCACUAUUCUCAGGCCAGCGAGUGGGCGGCUAAAUACAUCAGGAACCGCAUCAUCCAGUUUAACCCAGGGCCAGAGAAGUACUUCACCCUGGGGCUUCCCACUGGGAGUACCCCACUUGGCUGCUACAAGAAGCUGAUUGAAUACUAUAAGAAUGGGGACCUGUCCUUUAAAUAUGUGAAGACUUUCAACAUGGAUGAGUACGUGGGCCUUCCUCGAGACCACCCGGAGAGUUACCACUCCUUCAUGUGGAACAACUUCUUCAAGCACAUUGACAUCCACCCAGAAAACACCCACAUUCUGGAUGGGAAUGCAGUCGACCUACAGGCAGAAUGUGAUGCCUUUGAAGAGAAGAUCAAGGCUGCAGGUGGGAUCGAGCUAUUUGUUGGAGGCAUCGGCCCUGAUGGACACAUUGCCUUCAACGAGCCAGGCUCCAGUCUGGUGUCCAGGACCCGUGUGAAGACGCUGGCCAUGGAUACCAUCCUGGCCAAUGCUAGGUUCUUCGAUGGAGAACUCACCAAGGUGCCCACCAUGGCCUUGACGGUGGGGGUGGGCACUGUCAUGGAUGCUAGAGAGGUGAUGAUCCUUAUCACAGGUGCUCACAAGGCAUUUGCUCUGUACAAGGCCAUCGAGGAGGGAGUGAACCACAUGUGGACCGUGUCUGCCUUCCAGCAGCAUCCCCGCACCGUGUUUGUGUGUGACGAGGAUGCCACCUUGGAGCUGAAAGUGAAGACUGUCAAGUAUUUCAAAGGUUUAAUGCUUGUUCAUAACAAGUUGGUGGACCCCUUGUACAGUAUCAAAGAGAAAGAAACUGAGAAAAGCCAAUCUUCGAAGAAACCAUACAGCGAUUAGCCUGUGCUGGGACCUAGUGUCAAGUACCCAUAGGGAAAGGCAGGUCUUUCUGGAAAUUGUCUUUAGAAGAAAGAAUUGUAUUUCUUUAAUCUAGUAUGGUUACUCCAGAUAAGUGGGUGAACUUACUGUUCUUGGCCAUGAGGCUGGGAGCCUAGUCACGGAGUUUAGCUAUAGGGAGAAUGUUUGUAACUUAAUCAGAAAAAAAAUAUCUGCAAAACGUACUCCAUCGUUUUGAUGUCUGCCAAACCCAGGCUGGGGGUUUUAAACUUUUUGUUCUGCUUCAGCCAUGGUUCACACGUAUGACACACUCCCGUCAGGAAUUUCUCUCCUUACACGCACUGAUUUUCAAGUGGGAGGGAAUUAGGGGCUUAUGUAUAUUGGAUACCACCUCUUUGAAGAGUCUUGAGAGUCCUUCUUGCACAGGCCUGCCCCUUGGUUGAGAACCAUUGUUCCAAGUUAAGGCACAAACUCUCAAUAUCUAAAAUAAGUGCAAGGAAGCAGUCUCUUUGGUCAGUAACAAGUGCAAUGGAAAGAAAACGAUCCCUUCCUUCUUCCACUUUCACAGCUUUUCUCUGAACUAGGAGAACCUGGGGAUGGAUUUGGGUGGGUGGGGCCAAAGAGGAGGCUUCUAUUGAGAAAUCCAGAGCCUCAAGGGGCCCAGCCACGUCAAACUUCUCUCCCUCAGGGACUCUCCAGCACCAAAAGGCAGAAGGUGGAAGCCGUUUUUCCCCCAGAGCCCUGUGUUUUUGUGAAAGGCCUCACUGUGGCUCCUGUUUUACAUACUCAUUAGUAAGUGGGAGGUCCACUGGGGCAACAGACACUGCCACGAUUUCAGUGUUGUGUUCAGCCAAGGGGAUGGUCUGGGCAGGCAGUUUAAGUGUGAGUUUAGUCACAACUCCUGAGUGUCCCGCUCUCCUGCUUACCUAGGAGGUGAGUGCCAGGAAAAUACACCAAAUGCUUCUAGUAUUGUUUCCCCACUUAAAAUAGUCCUGCUUAAAUUCACGUGGUGUGGUCUGAUGUUCUGAGAACAUCAGGAAAUACAACCCUUUUGCCCAUUUAUCCUUCUCCCCGGAUCCCAAGGUGGUCUGUUGCUUUGGCUUCCUUUCAUUGUCUUAGGCCUUCAUGGAGUGGAUGCUGCCUCCUCCUGGCUGUUCUUGUGCCUGUUUGAAGCUACUGCUGCCUCCAUUUCUGGGAAAGACCUUUGAGAGCCUAGCCCAGGCCUAAGGGCUAUGUUUGGUACCAGUGUUUUGUCUUUAGCUUUUCUAUGUGAUUGUGCCGUCAUUCUGUUUUAAGCUCAUGGAUCAAUGGAUUUGUUUACAAUGUGAUAUUUUCUAUUAAAUCCAGUAUUUUCAAA